AUGAUAGCGUUCACCGUAUACAAGUCGUCCAAGUAUCUCUUUGAUUGUGUGGGUGCUACGGAUCUGACGCAAUCCGAAUCGUAUAUGACAGUCAAUAUAAACGCAUUAAAAGCUCUUGGACUUCAUGCAGUGGACGUAUUCAAGAGAAUGGAUUCUGUGGAAGUGGAAAAGCUAAUUGCAUCCUGUCGAGAGCAUCCUCCACAGAUUGUCGUCAUGCCUGCAACACAUGGUGACAUUCAACCGUUUCGAAAGUUUACCAAGUACUUGAAAGCACGACAACGUGCUGGUGUAGUUCUACUUGCGGACAGACGUCUUUUAGUGCUGAUGCCGCUCGAUAAUGAUGACUUGCGGAUUCGCUGUGUGGUAAUUAGUGCAAAGUCUUUUGCGAAGACUUCCACUGCGUUGUCGUCUCAUGAGGCGAAUAUUCAAGUCGGUAAAGCAGUAGCUGAAACAGAGCUACAGGCUCAAUUGUUAAAUGCUAUGCAUCCACCCUCACUGACUGGACAAAGAAGCGAUAAACGUCGGCGCGUUCGGAUGCGAUCUCACAAUCGCGUACGCCUUCAGCAGGAAGAGGUCGCGGAUACAACGCAUCAAGACUCUUUAUCUGUAAAGUACCGACACGUACAGGCAGAAGUUGCAGCGCCGACAUUUGCACCAAGUAAAGAUUUGACUAUGCUGUACAGCUUAUCACGUCUUGAAAGGGCAACGCGAAUUGCCCAACUUCGGCAAGAAUAUGAAGUUUUCCACAAACUCCACCACGAAGUAUUGCAAGAAUGGAGCAAAUCCAAUUCUGAGAGACAACUGAAUAAUAAUCGACCACUAUAG